UUCAUCUCUCGCUUUAUCUUCAACAAGUAAAUGCAGGCGCACCACCACUACUACGAAGUGAUAGGAAGCACGAAUCAAAGCUUGACGCACGAAAAUCUUUGUAAUUUGGUUUCGAAUUGAUUUUGUGGAUAAAUAUGUCGACCGCCACGGAAAGCUCGGAGUUCGGGGAGCAGAAGCCGGCGGGGAGGUUUCCGGAGAAGUCGAGCUUCUCGCACAAGUGUAGUCUAUUAAGUCAGUACUUGAAAGAGUUUGGGAGUUUUGGAGAUCUGAGUCUAGGAAUGACAUGCAACAUUGAAGGAAACGGAAAUGGAAAACCAGAGAUGUUGAGACGGGCAGCCACAGUUUUGAAUUUGUUUCCAAUCAGUGAGAAACCAGGAGAGGUUUUGGGCCAAAAUAAUGCUAAAAUGCUCAAACCAAUGAAUUUGUUCCCUGAAACAACUGGUUUCCAUGUAUUCAAGGAGGAGGAGCUCCCAAAAAGGGCUGAUUCUUGUUAUGCGGCAGGGGAGCUUCAGACUGCACAGAUGACUAUAUUUUACGGUGGACAGGUGUUUGUGUUUAAUGAUUUUUCGGCCGACAAAAUGAAAGAAAUCAUGCUCUUAGCAAGUGAGGGAAAUGCGCAGUGUGGCACAACAUUCCCUUCUACUCAUCGGAAUAUCGCAUCUAAACCUGUGGAAGCUCGCAGUCUGAGUCCUCCUAAUAUUUCCCCUAAUUUUGUCAAUGAUUUAAAGCAAGACUGCAUUCAAACUCCCACACAGCCUCUAGUUAGUGCAGUUCUACCAUUAACAAGGAAAGCUUCCCUACAAAGUUUUUUGGAGAAGAGAAGAGAUAGGAUUACUGCAAGAGCUCCAUACCAAACAAGAAACCCAAAGGCAGCUCUCAGCAAAUUACCAGUUGAAAACAAUUCCUGGCUGGGCUUGUUGGUUCCAUCACCACAGUGAUCUCCAGAUUUUGACAUUUUUAGGCUCCUGACUCUCCUCCUCAGUCACUACAGUAGCUGAAAGGAAGCUAUUAAUUGUUCUUUUUUUUGGAAACCCUUAAUAGUUGUUCCAGUCUAUUUUAUAGUUAUCCAAAUUCAGCCUUUUAAUUUUCUUCAACCACCUAUUUCUGGUUGUUUCUUAGUUGUGGCUCUAAUUAAGGAGCCCGCAUAUAUCUAAGUAAGGUAUUAAAUUUCAUGUAAUUAAUUAAUUGAGAAUUCAAUUAAAUAAUGAUUCUUGACCAUCUAUGUGUUACAUACGAGUGACACGGUUUGAGCAGCA